ACAGCUCCACAGAGGAAGUGGUGAGCAAACCCCGCAGACGUCCGCCAUUUGUCAGUCAGCAGUGAGAAAGGAUGAAGAUCGGUGUGUUUUAUCUCGGCUUUUGUGUGCUUCAUACACUCACCUCAUCUGCUACCAAUAAAGAAGUCUUCAUACAAAUGACUCCCAGCAGGUCCCAGUUCUUUCAGUAUGAGCGUGUCUCUCUGAGCUGUGAUGUCUCAGCUGGAGGCAGUCGGCUGAGGAGGAACACAACCACCAGAGGAACUGAGUCCUGCCCGUACGGCUGGGGAACUCUGAACGGCUCCACCUGCACCAUCACCACACUGUACGUGUCAGACACUGGACUCUACUGGUGUGAGUCCGAAUCAGGGGACCAAAGCCAGACUGUACACAUCACAGUAACAGCUGGUCCGGUAAUCCUUGACAGUCCUGCUCUUCCUGUGAUGGAGAGAGACACUGUGACUCUGAGCUGUACAAACAGGAAGACUUCCUCCGCCAACCUCACAGCUGAUUUCUACAAAGAUGGCGUCUUCAUCGGGAGCAGCUCCACAGGAAACAUGACCAUCCACAGUGUUUCUCCAUCUGAUGAAGGACUCUACAGAUGUAACGUCUCUGGAGCUGGAGGAUCAGCAGACAGCUGGCUGACUGUCAGAGUGUCAGACCCUGCAGCUCCUGAUGCUCCUGAUGCUCCUGAUGCUCCCAAUGCUCCAGUGAUGUCCGUCUCCAGACUGGUAUGUCAUGUCAUCGUAGGGACUCCGUACCUACUGUCCACCAUCAUACUGGGACUCAUAUACAGAGACAGAAGAGCUGCUCAGCUUGUUGCAGAGGACAGACAACAUGAUGUCAUCAUGGAGGUGGAAUAAAGGACCAGACCGCACACAUAUUGAAUAUUUUAAUCUCUAUGUAAGCCUGUAUUACAUUUUAUUUGUGUACUUUUUUUUGUUCCUGGCUCACGGAAGAAUAUAUAUUUACCAAACCAAAGCAAACCAAAGCAAACCAAAGCAUUAGAGACUCUAACUUCAAGCCAAUAAUGUGGUUUAAAAGGGAGAAUGUCUCUGUG